CCUCUUUCAUGACUCUGUGUUUCAUAGUAAGGAGAUCGGGCAUCAGUGUGAUCUUUGGGGUACAUUCCAAUGUGCAAUUUGGCAUCUGCACUCAUCAUAAAAUUUUCCCGACCUGGGGGCACUCAGCACAGGGAUUAACUGUACCACCCCACGUACCUUACUUGGAUAAGCCUCCAGAAGCCUCUCAAAAGCCCCAUUUUGUUUUCCUAUGCCUUCCUCUUCCAUCUACAUCCUUUCUUCCUCUUUUCUCCAACCAAGAUUAAGGUGCUUUUGUUAGAUAAGUAUAAGUUUUAGUUAUGAAUCUUGGUUUAGAGUUUUGGGUAGUUUAAACUGGUGAGAUUUGACUUUAAUUUUUUGAUUUAUAAGAUUUUUAGGUAUUAAACUUUUAUUAGAAAUAUCCUUAAUUUUGGGGCUGAUAUGAAAAAGAUAGUGAGUUAGUCCUUUCUAUUGUUUGAUUUGGGUGCAAUUUUUGCUGCAGAAAUUAGAAGGAAAUUGUAUUAUUUGCGAAUUACUGUUUAUGAUACUGUUCAUGAUUACUGUUCACGAUUACUGUUCACGAAUUAUGCUUUGAUAUCUUCCAAUAGAAAGUCCUAAUAUUAUUUUGGACAUAUUAUGAAUUUGUUUGACAUGCAUAUGUGUUUGUGACUAUGGAGUAAGUGGACCUAAGCUUAAAGUUUGGGGUAUUUAGUGGACUUUUCGGGGUAUUUAGUGGAUCUCUGCGCAGUAGGGUUAGUACCGUGAUUAGCUCCGGUACAGUGUUGCUAGCACAACUCCAUAGCAUUAUGUGAUUUUCGAUUUUAUGCAUUGCGCUUGUGACAUCAUAUUUGUGAGCGUAGGAUUUUAAUAUAUGAAUUCAAUUUAGACAUUUGUGCUUAUGAUUUGAGAAUUACAAUAUUAUGUGAUUUGAUUCCGUUGUGUCUUGUGUAUUAUGUUCUUUGUGUGGAUAGAUGUAAGGGUCUUAGAACCCAAGUUUACAGCUUAAGCUUAUUACUUACUGGGCUGUGAGUUCAUAAAAUCCCCCCAUUUCAGAUCAGUAGAUCGAUGUAGCAACAUCUCGGUUUAGGAGCUUUUGGCACGGGACUUGCAUGCUCGUUGUAUGUACAAGCUAGGAUCUCGUGUUUUCGAUAAGGAGGUAGAUUGAUAUCUUACCAAAACAAUGACUCAGCUUUUGUUUUUUUCGAAAGCUUUGAAGAAGAAAUUUACCUCAUAUAAUUUUUGUGUAAAUUAACUUUAUGUAUAAAACUUUUAAAUUAAU